AUGAGCACCCUCAAUGGUGGAACUAUAAAUCCCAGAAAAAUCCUGAUGAUAGUGCAGAAUAUUUCUCUUGCAUGUAUGAUACAAAAUACUAGCAUUGCCAGCCCUGUUAUUUUCCUGGUCAUUUCAGUUACACUGUUCACCCAAGGUCUAGCCGCUGAUCAGAAACACCCGACUGAUCUACACACCCAUUUUUGGCAACGGUUCCCUUGGGUUCACAGGUCAGGGCCAGCAUUCCCACCUUUACCUCCUCUCAAAUGGCCCAAGCCGCCACACAACCCUAAAGUGGGCUGGUGCUUGGAAUCCUUCAAAACAAGAGUAACCAGCCUUCAAGAUAUUUUACAUUCUUUCUUGAGACGCAAACCUUCCAUUAGAGUAGAUUGUUUUGCUGCUGUUAAGGCAAUCCAGGAUGAUUGCUGCAAUCUUAUUUUCAGUCGAUUCAACAAUCCAUUAUUCGCUCCUCUGUUGAAGAAGCAUUGUUCUAAUAAGGGGGAAGCUGCACCAUCACCAGCUUAGUUCAGUUUCAACCCUUGGUAAUGAUCAGUUGCCAAUUGGAGUAUACAAGUUGAUUUAUUUUUAUGUUUUUUUUAGUUAGGUUAAUUUGAUGCUAGGAUUUAAGAUUUUAUAUGUUUUUUAAUUAGAAUGAAUGUUCCAGUGAAGGACACGUCUACACAUUUUUAAUCCUUAUUUAG